AUGCUGGAAAUAUCACCAUGGGAGACAUUGGUCAAACUACUAACCGACUCGCUACUCAAUUGCACUGGAACACACGAAGAUGUACCUCAUUCGAAAAACUUCCUCAGAUCAUUAACAACCACAUACAUAGCCUCAUUAGCAGUGGCAACAGCAGUGACGGUUGGUACAGUAUGCCUUGCAGUUCUUCAUCUUGUCUAUAUCUCAUUUUAUAUCACACAUUCUAGUAGACGUCUUCUGAUUGUUCUCUUGGCAUGCACUGCACCGCUUGUAUCAAUUCUCGCCCUCGUUGCCAUGUAUAUGCCACGUGUAUGGUUCCUUUCACAUCUACUCUCGUUUCUCUACUUCUCUUUCGCUCUCUGGGUCAUCAUCUGUCUUCUUUUACACAUUUUCGAUGGACAUCAUGCUCUCGUGACGAAAAUGAUGCAACGAUUACAGUUCGUUGAAAUUGCAACACCGCCGUUCUGUUGUCUAUUUCCAUGUCUUCCAAAAGUGAGAUUAGAAGGAAAGAAGAUUCGAUUAUGUGAAUUGAUGGUCCUACAAGCCCCAAUUGUCAGACUAUUCGCUACACUCGUAUCACUGAUAAUCUAUUUUGAAUAUCAAGAUCAAGGCCUCGUACCUCUAAAAGUACUUGACUUCAUAACUCUUCCAUCUCUUCUGGCUGGAAUUUAUGGAACUCAUAUGCUUGUGACAACUGUUUCCAGAAUGGAUGAACUUGUCCCGUACCGAUACAUUGUUGUCUUCCGGCUUCUUGAUUUCUUCUUUAUGGUUUUCGGUCUACAACAACCAGUUUUCGAUUUUCUCGCGAGAUACGGAGCAUUUGGAUGUGGUACUGUACUUCCAGCCAUUGAGACUUCUUUCUAUUGGAAGAAUUUCUUUACAGUAAUGGAAGCGUUCUGUGUCACACUUAUAAGUACAGUCCUUCUACAACCAUCGAAAUCAUCAUUCUUCGAUAAACAUCCAAGUUGUCGAUCAAUGAGUUCAGCACGAAGUACAAUAACUGAAGUGGAUACUGACGAAUCGGCCACUUAG